UCUACAACCUUUUCUCUUCAUCAAUUGGUUUAAAAAUGAAGUUGCCAAAGUGGAAUACUUAUGGUUUCCUUCUCUUCUUGAUAUGCCAUUCAUUGUUAUCAGGGCGAUCAUUAGGACACCAAGUUGCAUUUCAUAUUCACAACAAGUGCCCGUUCGCCAUAUGGCCGGCGACAGCCCCCAACACAGGCCAUCCAGUGAUUGCCGACGGUGGAUUCUAUCUCACCUCGGGUGAGACUCAACGCAUCUACGCUCCAUGGGAUUGGAAAGGCCGAAUGUGGGCUCGAACUGGCUGCAAUUUCACCUCCAAAGGGCAACCUGCCUGUGAAACUGGUGAUUGCGAUGGGCGUCUAGCAUGCAAUGGUCUAAUAGGCACACCUCCAGUUACACUUGUGCAAGUAUCGCUUCAAGCAGAUGGAAGCAAGCCAAAUUUUUAUGAUGUGAGCUUGGUUGAUGGAUAUAACCUUCCUGUUUCGGUAACAACUAAGCAAAUCUCAUCUAAAUGUACCAUCGGAGGUUGCUCAAAAAAUUUGAAAAAUUCGUGCCCGAUGGAGCUCCAGGUCCAUAACAAAAAUGGGGAAAUUGUGGCGUGCAAAAGCGCUUGCUUGGCUUUCAAUCUUGACUCAUUUUGUUGCAGUAAUGAAUAUGGAAGCCCUGAGAAAUGCAAGCCAAGCGUGUACUCGAAGAUGUUUAAAGAUGCAUGCCCUUAUUAUUAUAGCUACGCUUUUGAUUCGCCUGCGCCGCUGGUGAACUGUGCAUCCAAAGAGUAUAUUGUCACCUUCUGCCCUUCGUCAUGGGGAGGAGACCGCUCUUCGAUAUAAAAUUGUGUGCAUAAUUACACCCAAUUUAUGUAUUGAUCCUUUGUUACUUUGCUUCAAUAAUUAACUAGUGUUAUCCACGCA